AUGCAGCAUGUUCUCAAAAUUGUUUGUAUUCACAGGUACACUAGUGAAGGGUUUGUGAGCGUGGAUCCAACCAUGACAUCCCAGGGAAUGGAAUCCACAACGGUGAAUGGAAGUGACCAGGCCUUCUAUCAGCAUUGUGCUAAGACUUUGAUCCCAGACUUUCUGAUCAUCAUCAUCGCCCUGGUGGGGCUGGCAGGAAAUGCAGUUGUCAUCAGUCUCCUGGGAUGCUGCAUGCACAGGAAUGCCAUCUCAGUCUACAUCCUCAACCUGGCUGCAUCCGACUUCCUCGUCCUCUGCUGCCACUUUAUUGGUUCCCUGUUUGUCAUCCUGUCCUUCAAUCACCCCUCUAUAGAUAUUCAUGGCAUCAUAAUCAACAUAGCAGUUAUUCCAUACAUCGCAGGUCUGAGCAUACUCAGUGCCAUUAGCAUAGAGCGCUGCCUCUGUGUCCUAUGGCCCAUCUGGUACCGCUGCCACCGUCCAAGACAUAUGUCCAGUGUUGUGUGUACCCUGCUCUGGAUCCAGUCCCUGUUGCUUAGCCUCCUGGACUGGUACUAUUCUGGUUUCCUGAAUGGGUUUUCUGGUUUUGAUUGGUGGAAAAAUAUUGAUUUUAUCAUAACUGCAUGGCUGAUUUUUUUAUUUCUAACUCUAUCUGGGUCCAGUCUAGCCCUGGCAGUCAGAAUCUUCUGUGGUUCCCGAAGGAUGCCGCUGACCAGGCUGUAUGUGACCAUUCUACUCACAGUCCUGGUCUUCCUCGUCUGUGGCCUGCCCUUUGGCAUUAACUGGUUCCUGUUAUACUGGUUUUCAAUUGCUUUUCAUCACUUCAUUUGUUAUCUUUAUCCAGCCACAGUUGUCCUGUCCUGUGUUAACAGCUGUGCCAACCCCAUCAUUUACUUCUUAAUUGGCUCCUUCAGGCAACAGUAUAAGACUCUCAAGCUGGUCCUUCAGAGGGCUCUGCAGGAUUCCCCUCAGGAGAAUGGAGGUGGAGAUGCAUAUAUUCAGGAAACCCUGGAAAAGUUGGAAAGCGGAGUAGCUUAG